AAAGAUCCUCUAAGGUUCAAGUUUAAGCUCUCGAAAGCCGAAGAGGAGAGCUCAUCGAGCCAGAGCCCGGGGACUCGAACUUGUGAAUUCUGUGGAAGGGAGUUCGCAAAUGGGAAGGCUCUCGGUGGUCACAUAAGGAUCCAUACUCAGGCCAUGAAGAACAACAACGCCGGAGUCUCCAGGACUACAGACAGACUGAAGCAGAAAAGCAACCUCAGGCCGAACACAAAUAAUGGUAAGGAUGCUGCAGCUGUUCUUUCGGGACCGGAGAGGAGUGAAAACUGGGAGAAGGAGCAGAUUUGCAGGAUUUGCAACCGAACUUUCCCGUCCGUGAAGUCCUUGUUCGGGCAUAUGAGGUUCCAUCCUGAGAGGACUUACAGAGGGGCUCAACCUCCAAGCUCUGAGGAGCAUAGCAAGACCUCGUACUCUACCUCGGAAGAGUCUGAUCAAGAAAUCGAGCUAACCAAGAGAUGUAGCUUGGAUAGAGAAGUCUCAGGCCGCAGAGACCUGUUGAAGGAUCUACCCAACUGGUCCAGGACUGAUAAGAGGGGCCGCCAGAGCACCUCGGAGGCGGCCCAAAGCCUCAUGAGGUUAUCCUGCGUGGCUUCCUACAUUGAAAGCGAUGAAUUCCCGCCAGGAUUUAAUGGCCAAAAGUUCGUGCCUGAAUCUCCACAAAAGAAGUCGAAGCUCGAUGAUGGUGCUGACACUGAGGUGAGGAGAGGCAAGUGUGUUCAAGUCCAAGCUCAACCUGCGAGUUUGACAGGAAGGGAAUUUUCUCAAAUGCGAGCCCGACCGAGUAAGGAGCUUUAUCUGAACACUGGUGAAGAAGAAGCCAACUGCAGGGAAACAGGCCCAACCCAGAACCAGAAGCGGGUCAGGUUUCAAUGCACUACUUGCGGGAGGAUCUUCCCGACGUUCCAAGCGCUGGGCGGUCACCGGUCAAGCCACAACAAAGAGAAGGGAACAAUUGCUUCUGCUUCUCACAAUCGUCAGACUCGGCUUAAUUCCCCAUGCCCGGUUCUUGAAGCCUCUGCGUCCACCGAGAUCGCUGGUGCUGCACCUGCUGCUGCUUCGAACCGAGUAAACAAGGAAGAGAAGGGGGGAGACCCGAGCACUGCCACUGCAGUCCACCAGUGCGGGAUCUGCGGGAGGAGCUUCGAGACGGGCCAAGCCCUGGGUGGCCACAAGAGGUGCCACUGGCCAGCGGUCGAGCUGGGACAACUGGCCUCAGGCGAGGGGUCCGGACAGGGCGAUAACACCGGCCAGUUGAGCUUGGGGCCGAAGGAUGAGUCCUCCCCGGGGGACCAGGCGAGCCAGGUUGGGCCAAGGGGUCUGGAGAUCGACCUCAACAAGCCGCCUCCAACGGAGGACGAGGACGGUUCUGUGUCAGCACUCAACUGA